CUAAUAAUCCUUUAAAACUUAAAUUACCAGUUGAUGUGAUUAGCCAUUGAUUAUACAUACACCAGGUACAAAUUUCUAAAUAUUAACAAACCACUGACUUCCAUAACGCGCUUAAUACCGCUACGGCAUCUAAUUACUAAUACAAAUCGUUUCCUAUUUAUUACUCCCAUUUUUUUAGCCUUCAAUGUCCAUAGUGUCGGUAUAUUUCUCUCCUAACCUUCACGUCAUUCUCAUUUAUCCGAUCUCAACAACAACAGCAGCAAAAUGCGAAGGCCUGGAUAUCGGCAACCGCUGAAACAGCAAUUAGGUGGUGUUAAGGCAAUGUUUAUAAGGCUAUCAAUUGCUGUUAUUGUUCUCGUGAUUUGUAUGUUCAUGCUUAUGACUGCUAUGUCCAGUAGUUAUAGUAGCACUUCUUCAGCUGAGAUCAAUACGGAGGCACUCUGGGGAACUGCUGCUUCUGAUGGCUGGAGGCCAUCAUCUACUCCUCGAUCUGAUUGGCCCCCUCCUCCCAGUGAAAGCAAUGGCUAUUUACGGGUUCGGUGUAAUGGUGGUCUGAACCAACAACGUAGUGCGAUCUGUAAUGCAGUUCUUGCUGCACGAAUAAUGAAUGCUACACUGGUGUUACCUGAGUUGGAUGCAAAUUCCUUCUGGCACGAUGAUAGUGGAUUUCAAGGUAUCUACGAUGUUGAACAUUUUAUCAAGACAUUAAAGUAUGAUGUAAAAAUAGUGGAAAGCAUUCCAGAAAUUCGAAAAAAUGGAAAGGUCAAGAAGAUAAAAGCAAAACAGAUUCGACCCCCUAGAGAUGCUCCUAUCAGUUGGUAUACAACAGAGGCUCUAAAGGCGAUGAAGGAACAUGGUGCCAUUUAUCUUACUCCUUUUUCACAUCGACUGGCAGAAGAAAUCGAUUAUCCUGAGUAUCAGCGGCUGAGAUGUAGAGUUAACUAUCAUGCUCUUCAAUUUAAGCCUCACAUUGUGGAGUUAAGCACCUCAAUCGUCGAUAAACUUCGUUCGCAAGGCCACUUUAUGACAAUACACCUUCGUUUUGAGAUGGAUAUGCUAGCAUUUGCUGGGUGCUUUGACAUAUUCUCUCCUGAGGAGCAAAAGAUUUUGAAGAAGUAUAGGCAAGAAAAUUUUGCAGAAAAGAGACUUGUUUAUGAUGAAAGAAGGGCAAUUGGGAAAUGUCCACUAACUCCAGAAGAGGUGGGUCUAAUUUUACGUGCAAUGGGUUUUGACAACUCUACUAGGAUAUACCUUGCUGCGGGUGAUCUCUUCGGUGGUGAGCGAUUCAUGAAACUUUUCCGUUCCAUGUUCCCCCGCUUGGAGAACCAUAGUACAGUGGACACCACAGGUGAGCUGGGAAAAAACACAAUGGGCUUGUUAGGUUCAGCUGUGGAUUAUAUGGUUUGUCUUCUCUCUGAUAUUUUCAUGCCAACAUAUGAUGGACCAAGUAAUUUUGCGAACAAUCUCCUUGGUCACCGGCUAUACUAUCGUUUUCGCACGACAAUCCGACCUGAUAGGAAAGCGCUAGCUCCUAUCUUUAUCAAUCGUGAAAAGGGUCAGACAGCUGGUUUCGAGGAAGCAGUUAGGCGUGCCAUGUUAAAAACAAACUUCGGUGGACCUCAUAAACGGGUCUCACCCGAAUCAUUUUAUACCAAUUCUUGGCCUGAGUGCUUUUGUAAAAAAUCAGCUGUAAAUCCUGCUGAUAAAUGUCCAUCAGAUGAUGUUCUUGCAACCUUAAAUAGCCAACUGGAGAAUGAAGGUAUAACUGACUUUGAGUCAAGCGGAUCAAAUUUGACGUCAGCUGUGGAUGAAUAGAUGUUAUGUGUGAAGUUUCUUGGUAAUAUUUUUGGAUGUUGAAAUGACGUGACACCGUGAUGUCAAAUGAAGAAGUGAGAUGGCUACAGGUUGGUUUUACAGGUAUCACUUGUCUCAGAUCAUUCUAUCUUAAAAGCUUUUGUGAUGGUUUUGCAUGUACAGUGUUAGUCACCACCUGAUGACAGUAAAUGUAGCUGUCAAUGAUAAAAGCGGCGUAGGAGGUUAGGUUACAGGAACAAAAGGAUCAUGAUUUAUUGAGAGUAUCCUUACUUGGAAUUCGAGUUAAUUUUUCUAUCCGCGGGAGUCCAGUGAGGUUUCGUGUGUAGGACAUAGGGAUAAUGCUGGAGAUGUCAAAAUCUGGGCAUUUUAUUUUGCUCAUUUUUUCAGUUUAUCUUUCGAGUAUCUGACGAUGUCUAGUUCAUUACAUGAACUAUUGUUGUAUCUGAAUUGGGGAUCUUCUCCAAUAUGAAUUAAGAUUCUUUCCCACAUUUCAUCA